AUGCUGUUCAAUAUUAUUGUGGCGCUGAGCCUCUCAACGAGUGUCUCAGCUUGGAUCAUCCCCGACUUGAGAAAAUCCGACGACAGUACUCUCACCAACAAAGCCUGCAACAAAGCAUUGGAAAAGGAGAUCCACUGUGACAAGUUUUUGUCUGGGGUCAUGUCUGAUGAUGACUCCAAGUGGACAAAGAAAAAAGUCGAGCUCGCCGACUCUGUUUGCACCGACACCUGCUACAAUUCCCUCCAAAGCUGGUAUGAUACAGUUACCGAUGCAUGCGACAAUGGUGAGGACAAUUACCUCCUUCUCGACAAAGUAUCACAUACAGGCUUCGGUGGGAACCUUUGGGCUUCUUGGAAUGAGACUUGUGUCAAGGAUCCCAGAACAGGUCGAUACUGUCAGGAAAUCAUAGACGGGUUUUCCGAGAUCGACGACGGCGAACAAAGGCCAUACGACGAGCUCUGUCAUCCUUGCUAUGGUAAAGUCAUUACUGCAAUGACCAGCACUCCAUCGUGGUUGCUUUCGUCUAAUCCUGGCACCGACUACUGGAACGGUCAGCUUGAGCUUGUCCAUAAAAUAUGCGGAAGUUCAGAUUCGUCCAAGUCUCGACCAUUUUUGAUUGGGACCGAGAUAUCCAAGGAAGAGCAUAGUUCAGGCUCUAAUCAUGGAAUCACCAGCACACCCUCUUCCGAUGCGAGCACUGUUUCAGUCCAGCGCACCUCUUCAACAGGAACCGCGUCACUUGAGACUGCCUUGUCGGAGAUUGCACCCUUGGAAAGCAAUGCCGCUGGGACAUUUGGAGCCGAGCAUCUAGACGGAUACAAAUAUGCGCUAUUGGCCUUGGGGGUUGAUAUGUUUAUUCUCUAA